AGGGGAAGGAGGAGCAAAUUUACAGAGAACAAAUGGGGUUCUCAAGACUUCCUCUUUUCCUUCUUCCUGUCUUGCUUUUCUCCAUGUUGCAGAGACCCACGUUCGCUGUCAAAAAGUCUUAUGUGGUGUACUUGGGAUCACAUUCACAUGGUCCGGAAAUCACACAAAAUCAUCUUGAUCUAGCGGAACAGUCUCAUUACGAGUUUCUGGCAGAUUACGUUGGAAGCCCUGAGGCGGCCAAAGAAUCGAUUAUUUACUGCUACACAAAACACAUCAAUGGUUUUGCUGCGACCCUUGAAGAAGAGAAAGCAGCUGAGAUCGCAAAGCAUCCCAAGGUCAUAUCAGUCUUCCCAAACAGAGCACAUCAAUUACAUACAACACGGUCGUGGGAUUUUCUUGGACUGGAGAAAAAUGGUGCAGUUCAAUCUGGAUCGCUAUGGGAGAAGGCUAGAUUUGGGGAAGAUACAAUUAUUGGGAACCUUGAUACUGGUGUAUGGCCAGAAUCAAAGAGCUUUAGCGACAAGGGGUAUGGACACAUUCCAUCAAGGUGGAAAGGAGGUUGUACAGACACCACCCCUGACGGAGUUCGUUGUAACAGGAAGCUGAUUGGCGCCAAGGCCUUUCACAAAGGUGCCGCAACAGUGGUUGGCCUAGAGAACGCCUACAAUACCACACGUGACGAUGAUGGUCAUGGGACCCAUACCUUAUCAACUGCCGGCGGAAACUUCGUCCAAAAUGCCAAUGUCUUCGGAUUUGGCAACGGCACGUCGAAGGGAGGAUCGCCAAGGGCACGCGUAGCUGCCUACAAGGUUUGCGGGAAAGGAGGGUGCUUCGACGCUGACAUUAUCGCCGCUUUCGAUGCUGCCAUCCAUGACGGCGUCGACGUUCUCUCCUGCUCCCUGGGAAGCUCCCCACGCGAUUACUUUAGAGAUGGCAUGGCCAUCGGUUCAUUCCACGCUGCAAAGAACGGUAUCCUUGUGGUAGCCUCAGCAGGAAACGACGGUCCAACGCCCGGCACCGUCUCCAACAUUACCCCCUGGUUGUUUACAGUGGGCGCCAGCACCAUUGACCGCCAAUUCAUGGCCUAUGUGAAGCUUGGAAACAAUAAGCAGUUGAAAGGGCAGAGCCUCUCCCCGACUUCCCUGCCCUCUGACGGGAAAAUGUACCCUUUAGUGAUAGGUGAGGCCGUGAGAGCGAAGACAGCUUUGCCUGAGUCAGCCUUGUUCUGCAACGCAACGUCGCUAGACCCAAAGCUAGUAAAGGGUAAGAUAAUAGUGUGCUUGAGGGGUGGUGGAAGCGGAAGGGUUGAAAAGGGUUCGAAUGUACUCUCGGCAGGAGCUGUGGGGAUGAUAUUGGUUAACAAUAUACUAUCAGGGAAUGAUGUGAUCGCCGACGCUCACAUGCUCCCUGCGUCGCAUUUGUCAUUCACGGAAGGUAUUGCAUUGCUCGAGUACAUCAACUCGACAAAAGCACCCACAGCUUACAUCUCAUCGGUCACGACGGAGCUUGAAACCAAGCCAGCACCUUCAAUGGCCUUAUUCUCCUCCCAGGGACCCAACAUUGUGACUCCCGAGAUUCUCAAGCCCGACAUCACUGGACCAGGGGUGAGCGUCAUCGCCUCUUGGAGCCACGCAUCACCUCCCUCAGGUUUGCCUUCCGAUACUAGACGGAUUUCCUUCAACUCUGAGUCAGGGACGUCCAUGUCUUGCCCUCACCUCACUGGUGUUUGUGGCCUCCUCAAGACACUCUACCCUAAUUGGAGCCCCUACGCCAUUAGAUCUGCCAUCAUGACCACCGCAAGUACAAGGGAUAAUGCAAGGGAACCAAUGCUGAAUUCAUCGAAUAUAAAAGCAACCCCUUUCAGUUAUGGAGCUGGACAUGUUCAACCAAACCGUGCCAUGGAUCCUGGUUUGGUCUAUGACUUAAACACCACUGACCACUUGAACUUCCUAUGUGGCAUUGGCUAUAACGAAGACCGAAUCAGCCUCUUCACCGAGACGAGGGUGCCUUAUAAAUGCCCCAAGCCCGCUAUCAGUCUUCUAGACUUCAACUACCCAUCCAUCGCAGUUCCAAACCUCGCCGGCUUCGCCACUUUGACGAGGAAAGUGAAGAAUGUUGGGUCAUCCCCAACUACAUACAAGGCCAUUAUUCGUCCACCACCGGGAAUUUCUAUUUCGGUGGAGCCACAGAUUUUGACAUUCGAUUCGGUUGGACAAGAGAAGACAUUUAAACUAACCCUCAAGACUAAGCGACCUGGUAAUGCUAAAGACUACGUAUUUGGCAAGCUUAAAUGGUCUAAUGGCCGUCACCAAGUCAAGAGUCAGAUUGCGGUUAAGGCAGCAGCCGCAAUGUAGAGUUUCAAGUUUCUGCAUAGAUAUUGAUCUACCAUGAAUCUUACUGUUAUU